AUGUCACAUUGCAACCACCACGAAGGCUGUGGCCAUGACCACCUAGGGAACGACCUCGGUCCUCAAGACAACCUCUUCUCCCAGAUAGACCAGUCGAACGUCGUAGCUCUAAACGGAGUUCAAGAGGGCUCGGUGGUGAUCAAACCAUGGCACGAGAGGACAGACGAAACCAAGUACCUCGAAUCAGACGCGGACGACCAACUGAUCAUCCGGAUCCCAUUUACGGGUAACGUUAAACUGCGCUCUCUCCUUCUCAAAGCAGGUCCAGGCGAAAAGACGCCGGAAAAGAUCAUCCUUUUCGCAAGCGAGCCCAACCUUGACUUUGACAGCGUAAACGAGAAAAAGCCAUCGCAAGAACUUGAAGUUGCUCAAGGAAGCGAAGUAGGCGAAUACCCUCUACGGACCGUCAAGUUCAACAACAUCUCAAGUAUAACCCUCUUCAUCCCUGCAGCUCAAGGGGACGAUGUCACUCGCAUCUAUUACGUUGGCUUCCUCGGACAUUGGCAGAAGGGCUCCAAGCCUACUCCAACGUUAUCUUCCUCGGUUCCCUAUACCAAAGAACAUUAUACUGACGAAGCCACGCAGCGUAACGACAGCCCACCGAUAACAGUCUAUGAAGCCCAGGCCAACAUCGCAGAUCACGAGAAGAUCCAGGGCACGGACGCUGCACACAGCUCAUUAGGUCAUUAA